AUGUCGUUGAAAGGGGAAGAACGAGAAGAAGCACUUAGUUGGAAGCUCAUCUUCCCGGCCUUUUUCCGGCCUUUUCUCUGGGAUGGCGUCCCACGUGGAAAUCGAGCCCGGACUAGAAUUCCCCGGCCUUUGGAAGCCCAUCCGCGGGGGCCGCUCGACCCGACCCUCGCGUUUUCCCUGAGCCCGCUGCGCCCCACCGUCUCCUGCGCCUCCCGAGUCGAGGCGCUGCCGCCUCCGCCUCCUGAGCGGCGCCGCCCCUCUGCCGUUACGCCCAGUCUGCGCCGCCCUCCAUCUCCUCCCCGGUAUCUCCUCCGUGUCCUCCCUGUCCAGCGCCGCCGUCUGCCUCUCCGUCCAGCGCUGCUCAUCCGUCUCCCCGUCCAGCCGCCGCGUCGUCACCGCCCCUCGUCAGCGCAGACCCGGUUUCUGUGCCGCCGCCAAAAUGAGGCUCAGCUAUAUCAAGAUGGAAUUCAAGAGUGCCGCUUUCUGAAAUCUAAGAUUUUGGGUGCUGAACAAAUGAAGGAUGCCUGUCUUCCUACAGCAACUUCAAUCAAUGCCAGUGAUAGACAGGAAGAGCUUGCUAUUCUGACUGAAAAGCAGCUUGAACUCAACAAUAUUCAACAGAAGGUGGAGCACUUAAGGAGUUCCCUUGAUUGUUUUUGCAAUAUUGAAGGUGACAUUAGUUGUGAUAGUGUUAUGAGGCAUGCUGAGGAGCAGUUGAAGACGAGAAAUCAGUGUCCCUUCAUCCAUCGGCAAGCACGAGAUCCACAAUGCAUCGUGUUGUCCCUGUUUGGAAAGAGCGAUAUUCUGUUGCUUUCUUCAUUGAUCCAAGCCCAAAUUUAAUGAUCUGCUGCAUGGAGAGUUGUUGCAAUGAGGCAUAUCCACCAAGGUUCCCACCUGUUAGGAGCGGCGAUUAUUUGGAAGAGAGAUUGAGGUCUAUGUAUAAAGUGGCAACUAUCUAAUCAUGUGACUAAGUGGUACAUGCAAUUUGUAGUACUCUACUACGAACUUAUGAUCAUUUGUGGUCAAUCAGAUUUUAUUUGAUCUAGGCUUCCGAAUGUCAUGGUGAAGUAUCAUGGUUGACUGGCUGUUGGGUUGUUCAUUUACUAUUAUGCUAUUUUUACAAUAAAUGGUUGAAAAAAUUGUCCAAUAAAAUAGGUGAUACAUGUGUGAUUAAGACCAUGCUUCAAUAAUGUAUUAGAUUUCUUAUA